AUGUUAGAAAACAUUUUGAUCGAGAUGGCGACGCAAGCCAAAGGCUCCGUGCGAAGAGUUCGAAAAUUGAAGCUUGUCUUGGUGUACCUGUUCAUUUGUGUAAAUCAAAGUAAGUAAAAAUAACCUGAUAACAUUUUAAACUCAUUUUAUUCUCGUAAUGUGAAGAUAUCGUGCCCGUAAUCGCUACAAUACUUAUUAAUGCGCUUAACUUUUGAAGAGAUUAGUUUGCGGCGAAAAAUCAGCAAGGUCGCUUUUCUUGCUAAAAAUCCAGGCUACUGCACGAGGAAAAACGGUAAAAGACCUCUCGUGUCGGUUCAUAUCUAGUAUUUGAGUUUGCGAACAAAUUUUGAAAAAUGUUUUCGAUGAACAUUUGCGACAGAACUGUCAAAAUUGACAUCCAUUGGGUAUAUUGUUGGGCGGGGAAAGUCGGCAGUUGGCAACGCUUGUUUGCCCACAAAUUAAGUAGCUUCAGACGACUCAUUUGUAAGCGCGUUAUUAAAUUUCUCCGCGUAAGAAAAUUGGCAUUUUGGAAAAGUAAUAACAGUAUUUUUAAAGUGGAGAGUUAAUAUUUAAAGGCUGCAUAUAUGUGACUAAAUUUAUCGCGUUUGACCUUGAAAUGAAGGUUGACUCCGUCAUGCUGCGAUGUUAGUGGGAUAUGGCUCGCUGUUCGCCUCCAUCUCAUAUAAGUGUACUAAUAGAACCUUGCAUAUUUCUAACAUGUUUAAUGGUUAAUGUAAAAAACGUAAUCCCUAACAGCUAAGUGUGUUUGUCUGCUAUAUGAUAGCUUGUCUUCUUCGUUGCCGAGAAGAGAUGAACGUGUUUUCCCAAACCGAAGGCUGUAAUUUUGCGACAGAUAGGAGUCAAUAAAUUUAAUCUAAAGUCUUCUUUGUAGUCGGUGAGAUAUUAAGCGUCUUUGGUAAUUUUGUAGUCAGUUAUUCACAAGGGGCUUUUAUUAAACUCGGAGAGCUAUUGAAAAUUAAUUUCGAGCAUAACAGAGUUAAUAAGGCGACAUGGAGCGCUAAAGUUCAAGGUGUUUACACGAAUAAAGACACUUUUAAGACUUUUUGAAAUCAAUUUCUACGUGUUUUGACUUGUGUCAUGCACACUGCCAGCUCUCCCGAUUUUCCCGGGAGGCAUGUUUCGAAAAUUUAUUAAACCUCCCGGUCAAAAAAUCAUAUGCUGCCAUUCCAACCACUGGUGCUAAAAAUUAGGGAGACUGACUGUUCAUGAGUUCCAAAGCAAAGAGAAAUCUAGGUCUUCUGGGAAAAAUAAUGAAAUAUGUUGGGAAUAUGUUGUUAUAUAAGUGAUCCUAUAAAUUGUCAUGAAAAGGUCAAGACAGAUUAUCAUGUUGCUAAAACGAGUAAUUUGACCUGAAAAAAUACAAGGGGAACGUCCAGUGACGUUUCGAGCGAAGGCCCUAAUUUGUCAGGAAGUCAGUACAGUACACUACCACCUCUGCCAAUUUCUCGACCAAGGGCAAGGGCAAGGGCCUUCGCUCGAAACGUCGACCGAAGUUCUCCUUGUAUUUUUCAGGUAAUUAUAUCCCUAUCAAUCCGAAGCCCACUUAGUUUGCAAGACAACUUGCCCAGAUAUAACGCGAUUUAAAGGAACUUGGUGAAUUUAAUUUAACAGUUAUGCCUUCAGGCGAUUUAAGGGAAAUUCAGCUAACCUCCAGGCCACUUUCGCUUGCAGUUUUGACCAAAUCGGAACUAAAGCAAGAUGGAUGAUAAUAAUUUCUUCGCGUGGAUGUUUCGUCUCGUCAACAAAACGUUUAAACGAAGUGACUCAUUUAACUACAGGCAUGCAUACAUAUUCAGCCUUCCCCCGCGUACGUUAAUCAUGAAUCAUGCGAAGAGCUUUCUAUUUCACACCGUUGCCCCAUUGGUUCGUACGCUGCAAUUUGCGAUACUGUAUAGAUACUAAAUAAUGGGUAAUUAUUCCCUAUGUGGGAGAUCCAGUUAUUAAUUUAAUGUCAUCGCGGGUUUAUUUUCUAAUGAACUGUGUCGUAAUGCUGGUUUACAUAGGGAGGUUUUAAUAAAGGUAUUGUGCCAAGAUCGAAGUGUGUGGCAAUUAUAGUUGGCUUUGAUUUUUCACUAAAUGCUUUGAAUGGCUUAUUGCUGUAAGAUUAAGCCGGAUCCAACCAAAAUUUCUGAAUGGUGCCCCAGCCCUCCUCCCAGAACAAAGUUACUUCCAUUUUGUAUAUUUGAGCCAAAAGCGAAGCCGCGUACAUUACAAAACUUUAUUUGCCUCUUGAAAGAGCUUAUCGUUAUUUUGAACAACACUUAAGUGGAAAUAGUCGAUAAAAUCAUUUAUUAUAUAGUAGAGAGUGAGAUACUGAAAAAUACACAGUGAGAUAUUUUCCAUAUCUUCACUAGUGAAGAUAUCGAUCACGUGACUUUUUCAUUUGCUUUUGAGCGUGAAAUUUCACAAUUUUUUUGCUUGGGACUAUAUAAUAAACAGAACAUUACACGUACACGGUGGCUUGAAGAUAUGACUUUUAUCUUCUCGUGUUAAAAACAAUAUUUUACUCACUCGAUGCGCUCGUUCGUAAAAUAUUUCACCACUCCAAGAUAAAAGUCAUAUCUUCGCGCCGCCGUGUAAUAUCCUCUAAACUAGAACGUGGUUAUAAUGCCGUGAAAAUCAUGUGAAUAACGUAGCAGUACGAACAACUACGGCGUACUAGAAUGCUCAAGGGAACUAUAAUUUAUUAGGCGCAUGUCUUCACUAAUAAUGUUCCUCGGAAAUCCUUUUCAAUUGUUAAGCCUAAUUUGCAAUUAUCAAAGUUUCUCCGACCACAGUAGGAAUUUUGCAUAGGUAGAUUCUAAGUUUUGAAGGAUUUGUAAGAAAUGUUUGAAAAAACUGACUUCGUGUUAAAUACUGCAUGAGUCAGUUUCCUCAAACAUUUCUUACAAAUCCUUCAAAACUUAGAAUUUACCCAUGCAAAAUUCUUACUGUGAUCACAGAAACUUUGGUAGUGUAAACCAGGUUUCAUUUAUGUCCAUCAUUCUAGGCCAAGGUUUUACUUCGAUCUAUGAAAGCGCUGAUCACUAUUGGCCAAUGAAGAAUAUUUCAGACAACACCAGCUUGGAUACAGUCGAUUACAUGCAUGGUGAUAUCAUGAAUGGUGCGCAAUUGAACAACACGAAGCUCUUUGGUCCUGCUGUAAUUUUAGAUGGAGAGGAUGAUUGGAUUCGUUUGGGUUGGUAUAAUAUCGUUGCUUCUUACAACGUUGAAUUGUGACGGCCGAUUUACACUAGCUACACAACUUUUGUCUAAAACUGUCGCAUGCAACUUUCUUACAACUUGAGUUGUACUAUGUAAAUCAAGCACAUAAUCUCACAUCUUGUAGCAAGUCUGCCAACAAGCCGUCAACAUGUUGUGUUGUCCCAAAUUGUCAACAAGUUUGGAACAAGCUGUUAUAACAACUUGUAACAAGCUUGAUGUCAUUCUCAGACUUGUUGCAAGGUUGAUCCAACAGGUACAAUCUUGUGUUGUCAACCUUGUUAUAUCUUGACUGUAUCAGAGUUAGAACAACUUUGUAACAUUCUUGUUAUAUCAUGACUGUAUCAGACUUGUUAGAACAACCUUGUAACAUUUUUGUCAUAUCAUGACUGUAUCAGACUUGUUAGAACAACCUUGUAACAUUCUUGUUAUAUCAUGACUGUAUCAGACUUGUUAAAACAACCUUGUAACAUUCUUGUUAUAUCAUGACUGUAUCAGACUUGUUAGAACAACCUCGUAACAAGUCUGAUGAUGCCAUGAAGCUUGUUACAAGUUGUUAACAGCUUGUUCCAAACUUGUUACAACAACUGGGAACAAGCAGUGCGAACACAACUUGUCGACAGCUUGUGAACAGAUUUGUAACAACUUGUUUGCAGACUUGCAACAACUUGUACGUUGUCGUAGGGGUCUUUUGGUAUGUUACACAACUUAUACUUUCCAUUUUUGUCUUUUCAGCGCUCUUGAACGAUGACUGUACAAACAUGCCGUCAGAAUGUCGUAAUGGAUUCACAAUAUCUUUCUGGCUGUAUUACAUUGGCGGCGAGUUCAUACUCUGCGCUGGCGUGUACAAUGUUGGUGAUAAAGGGCCUGGGAUCAAGUUUACAGUUAGCAAUAAGUUAUUCGUGAUUGAGAUUUCCACGUUGAAAUAUACAUGGAAAAUCACGUCAAAACUUGUCGCUCGCACAUGGGUACACGUUGCUUUUAAAUGGAGUGCGAUUGAAGGUAUAACAUGAUCUGAGAAGUAUAUCUGAAUAGAGCUCGUAAAAUUUAAGGAGAACCAUUAUGUUUAUAAUAAGAAAAAAAAUCAGAACUUGUGUUGUGAUGCCCAAAACCCCAAUAUUUACCCAUACACCUUAUUAUACAUUGCCAUCACCUCAGUUAUUUAUGCAUGCACUUGUGGUUAGAGCUCGACAACUGUCUCUCUCGGUAGCUCAGUUGGUUAGAACGCUUCACUGGAAUCGCAGGGUCGCAGAUUCGAUUCCUGCCAUAGACAUAGUUGCAUUUUCAUGCUCCUGCUUAGGUCUAAGAAAUGUAUCAGAUUUUUUUUUCAGUCUCAUGUCUCUGCAGGAUUUUUUUUAUGCAUUUAGCUUCUGCAAGAAUUUUUUUCAAGACUAUUUGCACUUUGCUGUUUACUUGCACGAUUCUUUUUUCUCUGACGUAAUGGUUGCACGAAUUUUUUUCCAGGCAUUUUUCUUUGCACGAAUUUUUUUUUUAAAUUUUCACCCCCCCUCCCGGGAUUUCUAGUGCUUCAAUCAUCACUUUUCUGUAAAAUUUAUCGCUUUUCAAAGACUGUCCUUUAUAUAAUAAACGGAAAAAUACAUGGGUGCUUGGAAACACCAGAUUUAUUUCUCGUGUUGAACAUGAUAUUAUGUUCAACACUCGAAAUAAAUUUGGUAUUUCCGCGCACCCGUGCAUGUAUUAUGUACUGUUUAAAUUUCAUUAUUUAUCCUCUAAUAUUGCACCUGAAAGUGAACUGUAGUACAUUAUUUUUAGGCAUUCAUUUGUACCUGGACGGUAAUGCUGUGCAGCAAAAAGACUUUCCACGGAAAGAGGUUACAUUUGCGAGGCCAGAAUAUGGUCGUGGCUGGUCACUCGGAAGGCCAAACAGUAUUCUAAAGUUGACAAAAUAUGGCAACUUUGGCAUCGCACAUCUCGCUCAGUGGCAAAGAGAACUCACUGCAGUCGAAAUAAAGACCGCAUUCUACGAAACAAUUUUGUCAGAUCAAAAAAAGUUGAUCGAACUUCUCACAACUCGUAAGUUAAAGUUUUUCUCAGUAAUGGCAUAUGAAGCCUUUACUGGUACGAAACAAAUUCAUCUAAUGCGACAUUUUGUUUUAUAUAGCUGAGCAACCAACAAUCAGUCAAGAAGAAUUGAAGGGAUCCAAACGUACAACUUCCAGUGCAGCGCAUACUUUUAACCAUGUGAAAUCCUGGUCCGUUGUUGCAAGCUUGAUAUUACUUUCCUUGCUUUCCUGA